GAGCCGCAUAGGGUACGCGCGCAAGUUGACAGUCGCCAUUUUAUUUUGAAAAAUCAAACUGCAUCAGGGAGAAAGCGACCUUUUAAUUGUGAAUAUUGUGUGGUGGAAAGAAAGAAAAUGGUCACCAGCACAUAAUUCCUGUACGCGAGAUGUCACAUUUCCAGUUGCCCUGAGGGACACUGACUUGCGUUGAUACACUUAGAAGAUACGUUUAUUUGGAAACAAAACAUUUCUUCAGGGGGGGGGGAGCAAAAGUAACUUAUCACUGCAGUGACUAAAGGGGAAUAAUGGUGAUUUUGCGCCGGGCUCGGCCGCCUGCUUCCGCCCCAACCAGCAAUGAAUCUUGACUCGCUCUCGCUGGCUUUGUCUCAAAUCAGCUACCUGGUGGACAAUUUAACUAAGAAAAACUACAGAGCCAGCCAGCAGGAAAUACAACAUAUUGUGAAUCGUCACGGCCCUGAGGCAGACAGGCAUCUACUUCGCUGUCUCUUCUCGCACGUCGAUUUCAGUGGCGAUGGUAAAAGUAGUGGCAAAGACUUCCACCAGACACAGUUUUUGAUCCAGGAGUGUGUGUGUCUGAUCACAAAGCCAAACUUUAUUUCAACACUCUGUUACGCCAUUGACAAUCCCCUGCACUAUCAGAAGAGCUUAAAACCAUCACCCCAUUUGUUUACUCAGUUGAGUAAAGUCCUCAAGCUUACAAAGGUUCAGGAGGUGAUAUUUGGCCUCGCUCUCCUUAACUCCAGCAGCUCAGACCUACGAGGCUUUGCUGCCCAGUUUGUGAAGCAGAAGCUUCCAGACCUCCUUCGCUCAUACGUGGACGCCGACCUUGGGGGCAACCAAGAAGGUGGAUUCCAGGACAUAGCAAUAGAGGUUCUGCACCUGCUUCUUUCCCAUCUUCUGUUCGGGCAGAAGGGCUUUAGUGGGGUUGGACAAGAGCAAAUCGACGUAUUCCUCAAAACACUGUGCAGAGAUUUUCCGCAGGAGCGUUGUCCUGUGGUGCUCGCACCACUUCUGUACCCUGAGAAACGGGACAUUCUCAUGGAUAGGAUCUUGCCAGACUCUGGAGAGUUAACCAAGACCAUGAUGGAAAGUUCGCUUGCCGAGUUUAUGCAGGAAGUUGGUUAUGGCUUCUGUGCAAGUGUGGAUGAAUGCCGAAACAUAAUCCUGCAGUAUGGCGUGAGGGAGGUCACUGCAAGCCAGGUGGCCAGAGUGCUGGGCAUGAUGGCCCGCACACACUCUGGUCUAUCUGAUGGGAUUCCUCUACAGUCCAUUUCCACGCCUGGUAGUGGCAUAUGGAGCGAUGGGAAGGACAAGAGCGACGGCUCUCAGGCCCACACCUGGAAUGUUGAAGUUCUAAUAGAUGUUGUCAAGGAAGUUAAUCCUAAUUUGAACUUCAAAGAGGUGACUUAUGAGCUGGACCACCCUGGGUUUAUGAUCCGGGACAGCAAGGGAUUGCAGAUUGUAGUCUACGGGAUUCAGAGGGGACUUGGCAUGGAGGUCUUCCCUGUAGAUCUCAUUUAUAGACCCUGGAAGCAUGCAGAAGGGCAGUUGUCUUUCAUCCAGCACUCCUUGAUGAAUCCUGAUGUGUUCUGCUUUGCUGAUUAUCCCUGUCACACUGUCGCCAUUGACAUCUUGAAGGCUCCCCCUGAAGACGAUAACCGGGAGAUAGCUACCUGGAAGAGUCUGGACCUGGUGGAGAGUCUCCUGCGGCUGUCUGAGGUGGGCCAGUACGACCAGGUGAAGCAGCUGUUCAGCUUCCCCAUCAAGCACUGCCCAGACAUGCUGGUGCUGGCACUGCUGCAGAUCAGCACGUCCUGGCACACGCUGCGCCACGAGCUCAUCUCCACCCUCAUGCCCAUCUUCCUGGGGAACCAUCCCAACUCUGCCAUCAUCCUGCACUACGCCUGGCAUGGACAGGGCCAGUCCCCAUCCAUCCGCCAGCUCAUCAUGCACUCAAUGGCAGAGUGGUAUAUGAGAGGGGAGCAGUACGACCAAGCCAAGCUCUCGCGCAUAUUAGACGUGGCUCAGGACUUAAAGUCUCUCUCCAUGCUGCUAAAUGGUACUCCAUUUGCCUUUGUAAUUGACCUUGCUGCACUUGCCUCUCGCCGUGAAUACCUCAAACUUGACAAAUGGCUGACCGAUAAAAUCCGAGAGCACGGGGAGCCCUUCAUCCAAGCCUGCGUGACAUUUCUAAAGAGACGCUGCCCCUCCAUCAUGGGCGGUCUAGCACCUGACAAGGACCAGCCCAAAAGUGCUCAGCUUCCUCCUGAAACACUGGCUACCAUGUUAGCGUGUCUGCAGUCUUGUGCUGGGAAUGUGUCCCAGGAGCUUUCGGAAACCAUCCUGACCAUGGCGGCUAACUGUAGUAAUGUGAUGAACAAAGCGCGCCAGCCACCGCCGGGAGUUAUGUCAAAGGUCCGCGCUCCGAGCACCAGCAGUCUCGACGCCAUCUCUCCAGUCCAGACUCUGGAACCUCUUUCCAUGGGCUCCCUGAGCCUGGGCACGCCGGCCGCCCCCCACACCCCGAGCAUGCCAGGCUUCCCCACCACAUUGGGGGGCUCUGCUUUCAGCAACCCACAGUCUCCAGCCAAGGUCUUUCCUCCUCUGACCACCCAAAACCCCAGUGCCACUUUUGGAAUAGGUCUCUCCACACAACUUCCAGCUCCACUUGGUAUUGGCUCUACACUUGGGAUGCCAGCGGUCAACAGUGACCCAUUUGGCACUAGGAAGGGCACCCCGAGUCUGAACCCACCCACCUUUCAGCAGACUGACCUAUCUCAGGUUUGGCCUGAGGCUAACCAGCACUUUAGUAAGGAAAUUGAUGAUGAGGCCAACAGCUACUUCCAGCGCAUCUAUAACCAUCCCCCACACCCCACCAUGUCUGUUGAUGAGGUGCUGGAGAUGCUGCAGAGGUUUAAGGACUCCAGUAUCAAGCGCGAGCGUGAGGUGUUCAACUGUAUGCUGAGGAACCUGUUUGAGGAGUAUCGCUUCUUCCCCCAGUACCCAGACAAAGAGCUGCACAUCACGGCUUGUCUGUUUGGGGGCAUCAUUGAGAAGGGCCUAGUCACAUACAUGGCUCUGGGGCUGGCACUGAGAUAUGUUCUUGAAGCCUUAAGAAAACCCUUUGGAUCCAAAAUGUAUUACUUUGGGAUUGCUGCACUAGAUAGGUUUAAAAAUAGGCUAAAGGAUUAUCCACAGUAUUGUCAGCACUUGGCAUCCAUAGCUCAUUUUCUCCAGUUCCCCCAUCAUUUACAAGAGUGUGUGCAGUAUAUCGAGUAUGGACAGCAGUCACGGGACCCCCCUGUGAAGAUGCAGGGCUCCAUCACCACACCAGGCAGUCUAGCGCUGGCCCAGGCUCAGGCCCAGUCCCAGGUCCCCAAAGCCCCCCAGCCUGGACAGGCCAGCACCCUGGUCACCACCGCUACCACCACCACCACCGCUGCCAAAACCACCACCAUCACCAGGCCUACUGCUGUCUUUAAGAAAGAUGUGCCACCCUCUAUAAAUACGACCAACAUUGACACACUGCUGGUGGCCACUGAUCAAACAGAGAGGAUUGUAGAGCCACCUGAGAAUGUGCAAGAGAAAAUUGCCUUCAUCUUCAACAACCUCUCUCAGUCCAACAUGUCCCAAAAGGUUGAGGAGCUAAAGGAGACCGUAAAGGAGGAGUUCAUGCCUUGGGUAUCUCAGUACCUAGUCAUGAAGAGGGUCAGCAUUGAGCCAAAUUUCCACAGCUUGUAUUCCAACUUCCUGGAUACACUGAAGAACCCAGAGUUUGUGAAGAUGGUUCUGAAUGAGACUUACCGGAACAUCAAGGUCCUUCUUACCUCUGACAAGGCAGCUGCUAACUUUUCUGAUCGCUCCCUGCUGAAGAACUUGGGACACUGGCUGGGGAUGAUUACUCUUGCAAAAAACAAGCCCAUCUUAUAUCAGGAUUUGGAAUUGAAAUCCUUGCUGCUUGAGGCCUAUGUCAAAGGCCAGCAGGAGUUGCUGUAUGUGGUACCAUUUGUUGCCAAAGUCCUCGAGUCCAGCCUCCGCAGUGUGGUCUUCAGGCCCCUGAAUCCUUGGACAAUGGCCAUUAUGAAUGUACUGGCAGAGCUGCAUCAGGAACACGACUUAAAGUUGAACCUGAAGUUUGAAAUUGAGGUUCUGUGUAAGAACUUGUCACUGGACAUCAACGACCUGAAGCCGGGGAACCUGCUGAAGGACAAGGACACACUGAAGAACCUGGAGGAGCAGCUGUCUGCACCAAAGAAGGAGACCAAGCCGCCCGAAGAGAUGUUGCCUGUAGUCACUACAGAAUCUCUUCUGUUUGCACCUGCUCCCUCAGCUCCAGCCACUACCACAGCCUGCACCGCUACCGGUCCCCCCACGCCUCAGUUUAGCUACCACGACAUCAAUGUGUAUGCCCUAGCAGGGCUGGCCCCGCACAUCAACAUCAACAUCAAUAUCCCCCUGUUGCAGGCCCACCCUCAGCUGAAGCAGUGCGUGCGGCAGUCCAUCGAGCGCGCCGUGCAGGAGCUGGUGCACCCCGUGGUGGACCGCUCCAUCAAGAUCGCCAUGACCACCUGCGAGCAGAUCGUCAGGAAGGACUUUGCGCUGGACUCGGAGGAGUCCCGCAUGCGCGUGGCGGCCCAUCACAUGAUGCGCAACCUGACCGCCGGCAUGGCCAUGAUCACCUGCAGAGAGCCGCUCCUCAUGAGCAUCGCCACCAACCUCAAGAACAGCUUCGCUGCAGCACUUAGGGCUCCCACCCCUCAGCAGAGAGAGAUGAUGGAGGAGGCGGCCGGCCGCAUUGCCCAGGACAACUGCGAGCUGGCGUGCUGCUUCAUUCAGAAGACCGCCGUGGAGAAGGCCGGUCCUGAGAUGGACAAGCGGCUGGCCACAGAGUUUGAGCUGAGGAAGCACGCCCGGCAGGAGGGCCGGCGCUACUGUGACCCCGUGGUGCUCACCUACCAGGCCGAGCGCAUGCCAGAGCAGAUCAGACUGAAGGUGGGUGGUGUGGACCCAAAGCAGCUGGCUGUUUAUGAGGAGUUUGCCCGAAAUGUCCCUGGCUUUCUCCCAAGCAAUGAUCUGUCUCAGCCCACAGGAUUCCUGGCCCAGCCAAUGAAGCAGCAGGCAUGGGCCACUGAUGACGUGGCUCAGAUCUAUGACAAGUGCAUUGCCGAUCUGGAGCAGCACCUGCAUGCCAUCCCCCCGGCCCUGGCCAUGAACCCACAGACCCAGGCUCUGCGCAGCCUGCUGGAGGCCGUGGUGCUCGCACGCAACUCCCGCGACGGCAUCGCCGCCCUGGGCCUGCUGCAGAAGGCUGUGGAGGGCUUGCUGGAUGCCACCAGCGGUGCUGAUCCAGACCUGCUCCUGCGCUACAGAGAAUGCCACCUGCUGGUGCUCAAAGCACUCCAGGACGGACGGGCCUACGGCCCACAGUGGUGCAACAAGCAGAUCACCAGGUGCCUGAUUGAGUGCCGUGACGAGUACAAAUACAAUGUGGAGGCAGUGGAGCUGCUGAUCAGAAAUCACCUGGUGAACAUGCAGCAGUAUGACCUCCACCUGGCACAGUCCAUGGAGAACGGGCUGCAUUACAUGGCCGUGGCAUUUGCCAUGCAGCUGGUCAAGCUGCUGCUCGUAGAUGAGCGCAGUGUGAGCCACAUCACGGAGGCCGACCUCUUCCACACCAUCGAGACCCUGAUGAGGACCAGCGCCCACUCCAGAGCUAAUGCCCCAGAAGGGCUGCCCCAGCUGAUGGAUGUGGUCCGCUCCAACUAUGAAGCCAUGAUUGACCGCGCUCACGGCGGCCCCAACUUCAUGAUGCACUCUGGGAUCUCCCAGGCAUCUGAGUACGAUGACCCUCCAGGCCUCCGCGAGAAGGCCGAGUACCUGCUGAGGGAGUGGGUCAACCUGUACCACUCUGCAGCCGCCGGCCGGGACAGUACCAAAGCCUUCUCGGCUUUCGUGGGCCAGAUGCACCAGCAGGGCAUCCUCAAGACGGACGACUUGAUCACGCGCUUCUUCCGUCUCUGCACGGAGAUGUGUGUGGAGAUCAGCUACCGGGCGCAGGCCGAGCAGCAGCACAACCCUGCGGCCAGCGCCGCCAUCAUCAGAGCCAAAUGCUACCACAACCUGGACGCCUUUGUGCGCCUCAUCGCCCUACUGGUCAAGCACUCUGGAGAGGCCACCAACACGGUCACCAAGAUCAACCUGCUCAACAAAGUGCUGGGCAUUGUGGUGGGCGUUCUGAUCCAGGACCACGACGUGAGACAGACUGAGUUCCAGCAGCUGCCUUACCACCGCAUCUUCAUCAUGCUGCUGCUGGAGCUCAACGCCCCGGAGCACGUGCUGGAGACCAUCAACUUCCAGACCCUCACUGCCUUCUGCAAUACCUUUCACAUCUUGAGGCCUACAAAAGCCCCUGGCUUUGUCUACGCAUGGCUGGAGCUGAUUUCUCACAGAAUCUUCAUUGCCAGGAUGCUAGCACACACCCCACAGCAGAAGGGUUGGCCUAUGUAUGCUCAGCUGCUCAUUGAUCUGUUCAAGUACUUAGCCCCCUUCCUGAGGAAUGUCGAGCUCAACAAACCUAUGCAAAUCCUGUACAAGGGCACUCUCCGGGUGCUUCUGGUCCUGCUCCAUGAUUUCCCAGAAUUCCUGUGUGACUACCAUUAUGGCUUCUGUGACGUCAUCCCUCCCAACUGCAUCCAGCUGCGAAACCUGAUCCUGAGUGCCUUCCCCCGCAACAUGAGACUUCCAGACCCCUUCACCCCCAAUCUGAAGGUGGAUAUGUUGAGUGAAAUUAACAUUGCUCCACGCAUCCUCACUAACUUUACUGGAGUGAUGCCCUCCCAAUUUAAGAAGGAUCUCGACUCCUACCUGAAGACGCGCUCUCCUGUCACCUUCCUCUCUGAGCUGCGCAGCAACCUGCAGGUAGGGGGCGCCACUCUGGGUCCCUGGAAGCACUUACAGCAAAGCGACACAUCCUUAGACCAGGUGUCCAAUGAGCCCGGCAAUCGCUACAAUAUUCAGCUGAUCAAUGCGCUGGUGUUGUACGUGGGCACUCAGGCCAUCGCUCACAUCCACAAUAAGGGCAGCACCCCCUCUAUGAGCACCAUCACACACUCGGCACACAUGGACAUCUUCCAGAACCUUGCCGUGGACCUGGACACUGAGGGCCGCUAUUUGUUCCUGAACGCAAUAGCCAACCAGCUCCGCUACCCGAACAGCCACACACAUUACUUCAGCUGCACCAUGCUUUACUUGUUUGCUGAAGCUAACACAGAGGCCAUUCAGGAGCAAAUCACCAGAGUCCUGCUGGAGAGGCUGAUUGUGAACAGGCCGCACCCAUGGGGAUUGCUCAUCACCUUCAUUGAGCUCAUCAAGAACCCGGCCUUUAAGUUCUGGAGCCACGACUUUGUCCACUGCGCUCCGGAGAUCGAGAAGUUGUUCCAGUCGGUGGCUCAGUGCUGUAUGGGGCAGAAGCAGGCCCAGCAGGUGAUGGAGGGCACGGGUGCCAGCUAGGCUGUACAGCCACCAUCUCUGAGGCCCAAGAGAACCAACCCCAACCCACUAACUCUCACACUGAUGCCGUCAUCAGCACUGUCAGCACUGAAUUCAACUGGGACUUUUUUCUUUCUACCCCUUCCCCCAUUUAGAUCAAAGGUUUUUUUGUUUUGGUUUUUUUUUUUGGUCAGGAAAAAAACUAAAACAAAAGUUUCUUUUAUUUAUGUCAUGGGGACAUGCUGUUAAAUAAAGUUUUGAAGCCACAUUGUAAAUAUUAAAAGGGACUACGAAGGAUGAUUUUUGCCCAAGCCAUCUGAUAGACUUUAAUUUUUACAUGACAGAGAAAACAUCAGCAUGCACCAAUACAAUAUUGACUUUCUCCCAGACCCCAACCAUUGAUUUUAGGUUUUUGUCUUCAAGACUGAUUUGUUUUUGUUCUGAAACUUUAUGGUGGUACUUUAUGAAAGCUGCCUAAUUUCUGUUUGGUUAUUGUUCUUGGAGAGCAGGCAGUGUAGAGAUCUCAACGGAGCUGGACAGGUGUGAUGGUAGAGUGCUGGAUUGGGGUAAAGGUAGCACCGUUUUCAAAUGCGGGAAUUCUAGGUUCUCCCCGGCACGUGUAAAAUUGUGGAAUACUCAGAAAUUUGAUGGUAAUUUGAAUCUUGAAUUUGUACAAAGAUCCAAAUUGCUGAACAAAAGAUGGACCAAUACAGCCCAUUUUGUAAGGAUUUUGAAUGUUUUGUAAAUGUAUUGGUCCGAGUGUUGUAUUUUGUAGUACUUUAUAGUUGCCUUUAGUUCUUGCUACUUAUUUCCUGUAUGUAUGCAUUCUGUAGUUAACGCAUUAAACACUUGAACUGCA